AUGGCGAGUGAAAUGUGGCAAAAGUUAUUCUCGGUGCACGAACAAAAAUCUGCGUCAAAUAGACUGAUGCUGCUAACGCGCUUUUAUGAGUGCCGAAUGUCGACGGAUGAUUCGAUGGUACAGCAUAUAGCAAAAAUACAAAACAUGGCAGCACAAUUAAUGAACGUGGGAGAACCAGUGUCAGAGCCGAUGAUAAUGGCAAAGGUGCUCGGGAGUCUAUCACAGAAAUACGCGAGUUUCCAGACGGCAUGGGACAAUGUGCCGACGGACAUGCAGACGUUGGGAAAUCUGCAGGAGAGGUUACUUCGAGAAGAAGUUUGCAUGUCGGCAAACGAUGAAGCUCCGGGAGCGUUUGCAGCGACAAGAAAGACAGAAGCUAGAAAGGGUGAAAAAUCAAGUGCAAAAGACUGGGGCAUUACGCUCGAGAAUGUAAAAACAAAAAGCGGGAAAAAGAAGAUCGCGAGUGAUUCACGUGACUGCGCAUUCAUAGUCGAGAGCGAAAGUGACAGAGGAUCGGGAAGUGCCGAAAAAGGACGUUUCGAGUUACCGACCGACAUUGCAGACUCAGUGCUGAAGGCAGACAAGUGCGAUAUCUGGCUUACCAACAGUGGCGCAUUUCAUCAUAUUAUUUACCGACGCGAAUGGUUCAGUGAAUAUCGCAAGUUGUCUGACGGUGGAACAGUGUCUCUCGGAGACGAAUAUCGAGUAGUCGGUGAAGGAACAGUUAAAAUUGAAAAAUAUAUCGAUGGCACGUGGCGAGCGGCACAGGUCGAAAAGGUGCUGCAUGUUCCGGAAAUGAAAAAGAAUUUAUUUUUUGUCAGUGUCUGGAAGUCGCAUCGACAGGCGUUCCGGAAAGAGCGAGUGCAUGAAGCAACGAAAGCCGGAGAAGUGUUUCACACUGACAUGUGCGGGCUCAUGUCGAUAGAAUCGUUAGGAGGUGCGCAGUUUCUCCUAAUAUUCAAGGACGAUGCAACUAAUUUCCGACAUAUUUACUUCCUGAAACAUAAAAACGACGUGUUCGAAAAAUUUCGAGUGUUCGACAAGUUAGUUAAAAAUAAAUUUAGAAGAGCAAUGCGCGUGCUACAAUCCGAUAACGGUCGCGAGUUUCGAAAUAGUGCGAUGGAUAAUUAUCUUAAGUCGCGCGGUAUCCAACGUGAGUGCACGGCGCCGUACACGCCGGAACAAAACGGCAAGGCCGAACGCGAUAAUCCCUACGAUAAUUGA